AUGACAGACGUUCUGAGAUUCCAGGGAGGUUUCCUUCCUAUCAAGUUCCCAACGUACGAUUGGGGCAAGGCUCCAUCCACUGAUUACCGUGACCAUGACUGGUUCUGGCCUUUGCAUAAGCGAGUUCUCAUGGUAUCCUUCCUCAACGGAACAAAUGAGGAGAAGAACACCAUCAUCAAUCUUAUCAACGCACAUUACAACACAAUCAAGAUGGGCAUCCGAUUCAAGUUCCUUCAAGACGACGACUCUACCCUAUCCGACAUUCGAGUCGAGAUCACAGCCAGAUCUGAGUCAACCGAUGGGUACAUGGCUACCGCUGUUCCCCAUAAUGUGGCAACUUUACGGCUUAAUAUGUCACUGAACCGCCCGGGUGGCCCACUUCAGAGAGACAUAGACCGAAGGCAAAAGGAGAUCCAACACGAGUUUGGCCAUGCCCUAGGUCUGAAGCACGCGCACUGUCACCCUGACUGCAAGAUCAAUUGGGACCAUCAAUUCAUUGAGAAGCGAACUGGAUGGACUCAUGAUCAAUUCAAGACACAAGUGCGUAUGAUGAAGAAGUCUGGAAUCUUUUCCCUGAUGCCCUAUAAUCCGAAGUCCAUCAUGCACUACAACGUCUGUAAAGGUGACACUCAUAGCAUGAUGACGUGUUUUGAAGCCAGUCACGUUCUUUCCAAGGGAGAUAAGAAGUUUCUCAUGGCGAUAUAUCCCCCUGACGGCUCAGACAGAACACUGGAAGGAGUAACCGAACGGAUGUGGAAGCCAACAAGCGCGUUGUUGAAAGAAGGUAAAAAGAGACGGAAUCUCAGGUCGGCAACGAGGCAAGACUUGGGUCAUUCAAAUGAGGAAGAAGCAUCUCCCAGCAAUACUCUGAUUGAUAGUGAGACCCAGUAUCUGGAAGAUCUUUUCCCUGACAGCCAGAAUGAAAAUCUAGGCACAGCCUUCCUGCAGACAAUCCUUCCCUGA